AUGGCGUGGGGACAGAUGGCGGCCAAGAGACAACGUGGAGCGCCGGCCGGGGGGAAGGCGAAGCGCGCCAGGAGCGCCCCGAGCGCGGGCGAGGCGGCGCCGGGGGGCGGCCCUGGGGAGCGCAGCGCCCCGCCGCAGGAAUACCGCAUCCCGCCGCAGGAAAACCGCAUCCCGCCGCAGGAAUACCGCAUCCCGCCGCCCGUGUCCCAGGGCAAAUGGAAGAACAAGGAGCGAGUGCUGAUAUUCUCCUCUCGUGGAAUUAAUUUCAGAACAAGACACCUAAUGCAGGACUUAAGGACAUUGAUGCCUCACUCUAAAGCAGAUACUAAAAUGGACCGUAAAGACCAAUUAUUUGUAAUCAAUGAGGUGUGUGAAAUGAAAAACUGCAAUAAGUGCAUCUUUUUUGAAGCUAAAAAGAAACAGGAUCUCUACAUGUGGCUUUCAAACACGCCACAGGGACCAUCUGCUAAAUUCUUGGUGCAGAAUGUUCACACACUGGCUGAAUUGAAGAUGACAGGAAAUUGCCUAAGGGGCUCAAGACCCCUUUUGUCUUUUGAUCCACUAUUCGACCGAGAGCCACACUAUGCCCUGCUAAAAGAAUUGUUUAUUCAGAUAUUUGGUACACCACAGUACCACCCCAAAAGCCAGCCUUUUGUUGACCAUGUUUUCACCUUCACUGUCACUGAUGAAAGGAUCUGGUUUCGCAAUUAUCAGAUAAUAGAAGAAGAUGCAUCUCUAGUAGAAAUUGGGCCUCGUUUUGUCCUGAACCUUAUAAAAAUCUUCCAAGGUAGCUUUGGAGGACCAACUCUAUAUGAAAAUCCUCAUUACCAGUCCCCAAAUAUGCAUCGCCGGCUGGUGAGAUUGUCAGUGGCAGCUAAGUUUAGAGAGAAGCAGCAAGUGAAAGAAGUGCAAAUGAUUAAGAAAAAAGGGACUAAGGUCCUUGUUGAAGAAGAUCCUACUGAAGUAGUCUUUGAAACUCCAGCUGAAGAAAAGCCAGUGGAAAUACAGCUUGUGAAACCAGAAUCAAAGCCAAUUGUUAAAGAUAAGAAGAAGCUUCGCAAAAUUCAGAGGAAGAAGCAAAAAAAGCUGUUCAGAACUGAAGGAUCUGCGUAGAUACUAUAAGGAAUGAAACUUCAUACAAUAUCAACCAAAUAUCGUAAAUAUUUGGAUUCACAUUGUACAGACAAACAUGUCUGAGCUUCAGUUUUAAAUGAGCAAAACACACAUUUCUUUAUAAAGAUGGAGUUUGCAUUCUUUUAUUGUAUUCUGGGAUUCUGAGUUUUGAGAAAAAACAUGGCAUCCCAUUCAACCUGGCCUUGAACACUUCCAGGGAUGGGUCAUCUGGACAACUUCUCUGGGGUUAUUUAUUACAUACCUUUAGUUCAGAGUUCCUGACCUCAUGACCUAGUUCUUCCUCUUUCAGUUCUACACUCCCCCAGGCUUUCUUGUGUUUCGAAGUCUUGCUUGUGCCCUGUUUCUGUUUGACUUUCUGUUCAAAGUCUUGCUUGUGUCUCUGUUUCAAUUUCCAGCAUCUUAAAGCUGAAAAUACACAACUGGUUUGAGAG